CAAAUGUCAGUGGAAUGCAUAAUUCAUUUUUCAUUUUCAGAAAAUAUAAGUUUACAACUAUUGUAAAAUGUAGUAAUUGUUACAGUUAAAAAAUAAUUUAAACCCUACCACCAUAUGUCUGUAAAGGCUUACGAUUUUAUUUAGGCAGCUUUUUCAACACCUAUUUAAGCAAACAUUUACUUAUUAUUAGGAGCCCAAGCACAGUCUCCUUCAUCCCUUUUCUUUUUAAAUUGUAAAUUAAACAUUCCUAAAAAAAUCGAUUUGUUUUGUUGAGAAUGUUGAGAUAUGUUUAAAUUGUUUAUUUUUUGUAUUAUAGUAGGUACUUGAGGCACAACCUGUGGCAGAUUUCUAUUUUUUAUUUGUGUGGCAGAACUGUCAACGGGCCUAGAAUAAUGGCAAAUUGCAAAAUGUAAAUUUUAAUUGAAAUAUUAAUCCUCUUAAAGUUUGGUUAUGUGUUUUCCUUAGAAUUAAUGUACCUAUUUCAUAAGUCCUAAUCACGUUAUUAAACUGCUUCUAAAAAUGGCAUUUUAAUGAUAUUCAAGCAAUUUAUUAAACAAAUAGUCAUUGCGAGUAAAAAAAUGUGGUUGACAAAGUACAAAUAGGAAGUAACCUCCAUUCUCUCUAUCCAUUAAAAGUGAAUGUUUUUAUUCUUUAUUUCUAUUUGUCUUAUAAGUUGUAUUAGUUGUUAUACCGGCAUUCGAUCGUGGUACUGUGUGUAGGGAACAGGUUGAUUAAAAUAUUUCAUAGAUAUUUAAAAAAUGAGUGUUAGAGCUGUUUGUCAUUUUUUUGCUACUGUGCAUUUUUGGAUUGGAUGUUAUUAUGAUUGGAAUUACGUCAAAGUACCUGCAGAAGUCUCAAGAAUGGGAGAAUCUUUCGGAUUUAGUGGAAAAUUAAAGUUUUUAACAUUUUGGGAUGCGUUAUUACAAGGAUUUUUCUUUGCAAUAUGCCUUCUCAAUGAUUUUAUUGGAACAAAUGAAAAUGUACCGAAGAGAAUACCACUGAUUAGGAAAAUUAAAGACCUGAUACUUGCAAGUCUAGCAUUUCCCUUGGCUAACUUCGUAGCGCUGACAUUUUGGGGAUUGUACCUCGUCGAUAGAGAAUUAAUAUUUCCGAAGGCCUUAGACCCUUAUUUUCCAACAUGGCUCAACCAUGUUAUGCACACGAAUAUAGCAGUCUUCAUCCUAAUUGAACUGUUUACUUCGUUUAGGAAGUAUCCUUCUAGAAAACAAGGAAUAGGUAUCCUGGUAGCGUUCAUGGCAGUCUACCUGGUGUGGAUACACAUUAUCCACUCUUAUACUGGCAUGUGGGUGUAUCCCAUAUUAGAAGUUUUAAACUUGCCUCUAAGGAUAGUAUUUUUUGCCGUAUUGUUAGGUUUUACAAUAGCUCUGUAUAUUUUGGGUGAAAGAUUGAAUGGCUUGGUUUGGAGGAAGCAACUGAAGGAUUUGAAGAAAGCAUAGAUAUAAGUAUAAUAAAUUUCGUAAUUUUUUAAAAUGUUUUAGAAUACUGUUAAGGUAUUAUGGCAAAUACUGUUGAAAUUAUACAGCGAGAUAUAUGAAAGUUUGGAAAAAAAGUAAUUUCUUUUUGGUAAUCUUAAGCUUGUAUAAGAUUGGUUUUUCAAGGGACCUUUUCAGGAAUAUUUGUUUACCUUUUUGUGUACUUACCUUAACAGGAUCAUGUUCAGGAGUUGUAUCUAUAGAGGGUGUUUUAGAAAUACUUACAAACUUAACACUUGAAUUUGGUUAGUCAAAAUAAAAGAAGAAAGUUCUAUGAAGGAAGGUUCGGAAAUACUUUAUUUUCGAGAUACAGGGUGUUGAAAUCUCUGAAGACGUUUGUGAAAAUUUUUGCCUUUUACCUUUUGCCUUAGGUAUUUAAAACAUAUUUUAGAAAAUGUGAAAUUUGUUUCAAAUUUUAACACCCUGUAUCUUGAAAAUGAAGCAUAUCCAUGUGUUCAUCCAUAGUACUUUUUCUUUUUAUAUUGACCAACCAAAUUCAAACUUUUAUGUUUGUUAAAUUUAAAUGCACUGUUUGAAGGUUAAAUAAAGAGUGUGUUUAAUUGAUUUAUUGAUGUGAAAUUUGAAAUACAAUGAAAAUUCAAAUUGAAAAAACUUUCAACUAAAAUAUUAUGAAUAUUGUCCAUCCGACAGUAACUGAAUAGAAAUUGUUAUUUUUUAUAUUUCUUUUAAAAGAUUUUAUUAAAAUCAAAAAGUAUUCGUAAUUGUAGUACUAGAAUUAUUUUAAAAAAAAACAAUCAUUUUCCCUUGUUAUAUAUUAUACAAAUUGUAUAAUUAUUUAUAAUUAAAUUAAAAUGUCUCAGUGAAAUUAAUAUUUAAUAUUUUUUAUAUCAAACUAUAUGUUGUAUUAACCACGUAUAUUGAAACUUUUGAAGAUGAUGUCUUGGAAAUAAAUGCCAAAAUUAUCAUUUUGUGUAAAAAAGCUGAAUUGAGUAAUAGAAAAAUAUUUUUUUAAAUAGUUUUAUGGUCUGUUGAGAAUUUCUUUGGCCUAUAUGAGCUGAUUGAUAUGUUUGGUAUUUAUUUGUUGGACAUCCUGUAUAUGUAUAAAAUACACUUUUGUUUUUUGAAUGUUGUGCAUACAUACUAUUUUCUAAAUAUUAGUAGAAAUUUUUGAACAAUCGAUAAUCAUAGUAAUAAUCAAGCUUUAAAUAAUUUAUUAAAUGUUAAAGUUUCCUGUACGGGAGAUAUUAUCCAGAAAAAAUUAGGUAGAUAUAACGAUGUAAAACUUAGUCAUUUUUUAAAAGAGAUGCAAACCCCGUCGUGAAUUUAAAAGG